AUGGUACCAGGAAACCAAACACAAUUUACUGAAUUUAUCCUUCUGAGAUUUUCUGAAAAACCAGAUGAACAAGGGCCCCUCUUUGGGCUGUUCCUGGGCAUGUAUUUGGUCACAGUGAUUGGAAACCUGCUCAUAAUGUUGGCCAUUGCCUCUGAUUCUCACCUUCACACUCCCAUGUACUUCUUCCUUUCCAACUCGUCCUUUGUGGAUAUCUGUGUCAUAUCCACCACAGUCCCCAGGAUGUUGGUGAGCAUCUUGACACAAAACAAGGUCAUCCCCUAUGCUGACUGUCUUGCCCAGAUGUGCUUCUUUAUGGUUUUUGCUGGUUUGGACAAUUUUCUCCUCACUGCAAUGGCCUAUGACCGUUUUGUGGCUAUCUGUCAUCCCCUACGGAAUGCAGCAAUCAUGAGCCCUCAGCUCUGUGGCCUACUAGUGCUCCUCUCCUGGAUAACAAGCUUUCUAGACUCCCUCCUUCACAGUCUGAUGGUAACACGGCUCUCCUUCUGCACAGACCAUGAAAUUCAGCACUUCUUCUGUGAUCUUGCUGAGGUUCUGAAACUCUCUUGUUCUGACACUCUCAUCAAUUAUGUCUUGAUAUAUUUUAUUACUGGACUGUUGGGUGUUCUCCCCCUCAUUGGGAUCCUUUUCUCUUAUACUCAGAUCUGUUCUUCCAUUUUUAAAGUCCCAUCAGCUCAGGGUAAGUAUAAAGCCUUUUCUACCUGUGGUUCUCACCUCUCUGUUGUCUCUUUAUUCUAUGGCACAGGGUUUGGAGUAUAUUUGAGCUCCUCUGCUACUCACUCUUCCUGGAAGAGCACAGUUGCCUCAGCAAUGUAUGCUGUGGUAACGCCCAUGCUGAACCCCUUCAUCUAUACUCUAAGGAAUAAGGACAUAAAAGAUGCCCUUAGGAGGCUCAUUAGCAGAAUUGCCUCCUCUCAGUGA